ACUCCGGAAAGAGACGUUGAAGUUUGCGACAAUUGCCGACCGAUAAAUUUAACACUUAUCUCGGAAUCUGCGAAUUAUUAACAGAUGACUCGCUGGGUGGUUCAGUGCGCCGUUAUGACUGAUAUAUUAUGGCGGUUACAGUGUUUGUGUUGCAGUUGUUACCUACAUACGACAAUUAGUGCUUGCAGCAACAAUUAAAAAUCAAGAGCCCGAUAGUGUGUCAAAGUGUUUAUUAUUCAUACAAGGUAAUUACAGUGUGCAUGAAUAUGUAGAACUGAAUAUAUUACCUGAAAUAUUCAAUUGGAUUUACAACUUAUAAUAGCAGUUCGAGCGUCAACCAUUAGAACCUACACGAUGCAGUGUAGAAAGGCAGGAUUUGUAAUUUGUAGAAUUUGCACAUGCGUUUAAUGUUAUUUUGGAUGCGGUAUGGGAAGAGGCGCUGUUAAUUCGUCUUAUGUGAUAAUCUUCAAAUUAUGGACGGGCGACUUCUGACAGUUGGGCAAUGCCGAUGUUUGAGAUGCUGCUGAAAGUGGCCGCGGUGUGCAUUGCCGCAUCGGUUCAGUGGGGCAGUGUGUCUGCUACUAUCAAUCUGCCCGGGUGCUAUGUAGAUUUGCCAGCAGACACAAACAUCUCAACCUUUUCGGAGAUAGUGGGACGCUGGUAUGCCAUCACCCACGACAGUGUGAAGUACAGCAUUUGUGUGUGCUGCAAUGUGACACCACGGGACUUUAACGCCAGUGUGGAGGCGACGCCUGUCUCCGGCAGCAAGAAGGCGACCGUCUACGGACGGAGGAAUUGCAGCCACCUAGCGCUAACUGAGCACUGGACGCUGCUGCAGUACCAUGGAGGGGACAGCUACAUGGCCAACGUGAGCUGUGCCAACGGCGCUUCGGGAAGCCGCAGUACUUCGCUCGUCAUUGUGUGCGACACUCAGGAAUCCCUGAGCGUGGUGCAGGCCGAUAACUGCACGCUGACGAUGGAGCUACGGACGCCGCAGUCUUGCGCGGUACCACACCAGCAAAUCGUGCCCGGGCUCAGCCACGGCUCCGUCUUCUGCAUACUGUUUGCUGCAGUAGCUGGAACAUAUCUGCUUAUAGGUGUCGGUUAUCGACGGCUGGUGUGCGGUGCCAAAGGCUUUGACCAGAUUCCCAACAAAGACUUCUGGAUUAACUUAGGACAUCUGCAAGCUGACGGGUGCAACCUGGUGUGCCGGCGUGGUGACUUUGCAGAUGGCCGCAGCCUAUCUCGCUCAGACGGCUGGCAACAGAUUGCCGGCGGCAGCUUCACUGACUCAGACAGGGACGACGCGCCACUCCAACCAUGACAGUUGCUGUGCCUGUCUGUCUAGUGCUGUGUUUUCUGCCAGGUCACCUGGCGGAUCCACUGCUACGCCGCCCUCAGUUUCUUCUUUUACAGCUUACUGCUAACGGGAGGGAAACCUGACCGUGUCCCAGAUAUCUCAUUCUUAGUAUUCCUAUCAUAUGGGUGUCUUAAAGAGUGGCAGAAAUACAGAUUCUCUGUCCAUCUUUUUAGCUUCAGUAUUUAGAUCUAAAUUUUGUGGUUGGACAUGGGUCUUGAGGUGAAGAAUGCUGUGUAACUUUUCCUGCCUACAUUUCAGUGCAGUAUUGAAGAGGAAAUGUUACUUACAAUUCCAUAUAUGUGAUUUUUUAUACAAAACAUUUGGCAGUAAUUUCAGAGUACCUCAUAUUUUUCGCACUUUGCUUCAUAAUUAUUGCUUGCUUGUAAUUAGUAGCUAUUGCUCUGUUGGAAAGAAAUGUCUCUUGAGAAAAAUAUUUUCAGUUGUGUUGCUAUUUGUCUGUACAUGAAUGAUCUCAUAAUUCACUGAUAAGUGUGUGUGUGUGUGUGUGUGUGUGUGUGUGUGUGUGUGUGUGUGUGUGUGUGUUUUUGCGUGCAUCUGCAUGCUUGAUGUUCCUUACAAUAAUUGUGCUACUGUGAAAGAUGAGUUUGGGUUUAGCCUGCCAAAAGAGGCAUAAUUUAAAUUCUGUAGUCUGUGCACAUUGCAGAUUUGUUGUUCAGGACUACUUAAGUGUGAGAGUAAAAUAAUGAGCUGUUAUUUAUGUUACCAAAAUUUUUGCAUUACAUUUAGAGUAGAACAUGUUUUUCUGUGUGUAGUGUGUGUAUAGCAAAUCAGUUGAUAAGUCUCAUUUUCAAAUCUAUGAAGCAUUUACUGUUUUGGUAUUGUGCUGGUCUUUGUAUAAUAUGUAAGAUUUUAAAGUUUGACAUUAUUUAUCGAGCCUGUGCGUACAUUUCCGCCCAUUUAAAAUUUACAUGCCUGUGCACAAGGAAACAUAUUAAUAUAUCAUGUUCUUUUUCCAAUUAAUAUCACACUGCACGUGUUGAACCUGAUUUUGCAUUGUACAAAUACAAAUAAAUUGUAUGUUAUUGAUGUGUACUUUCAAUAAAGCGUAAAAUGUUGAAGCGAA